GGCUCUUUGACAAUUUGUAAAUUUUAGGUUAGCGGAAAUGUUCUACCACAUGUGCCUGGAACACAGGAUCCUGCUGCAUCCCCAGUAUUUCGGUCCGCGACUCAUCGACAUUGUGAAGAAGAAGUUGUUUACUGAGGUGGAGGGGUCCUGCACGGGAGAGUAUGGGUUCGUAGUAGCGGUGACUACGAUAGAUCACAUUGGUAACGGCGUGGUAGAUCAGGGACAAGGUUCCGUCAACUUCCCCGUCAAAUACAAAGCCAUCGUCUUCAGACCUUUUAAGGGAGAGGUAGUGGAUGCUAUUGUCCGUGAGGUUAACAAAGUGGGGAUCUUCUGCGAAGUUGGACCUCUAACGUGUUUCAUAUCUCGACACAGCAUACCUGCUGACAUGGUCUUUAACCCGGAUAUGGAGUGCUAUCAAAACCAGGAUGAGGGUAUAGUUGUACAGAAAGAAGACGAGAUCAGACUCAAAAUCAUCGGAACCCGCGUUGACGCUAACGAUAUAUUCGCUGUAGGCUCGCUAAUGGACGAUUUCUUAGGACUCAUUAGCUAGCGAUCUGAAGAACUUCUCAUAAAGUCAGUUGCAGCCUAUAUUUACCUCAUCUGCGAAUACAGAUAUGGUUUCUCAGGAGUCAACUCUGGAAUAGAUAAUGCAACGGCUGAGGCUCUCCAUCUGAAAGUUCCCUGCUGUACGUCACAACACUAAUUACGAACGUCAUCACAUCUUCAGACAGCGACAAAUUUGAUCCAUAAGUGAUCGACACUUUACAUUUACCACGGCGUGUUCAACACUUUACUUGAGGAAUGUACCAUGAAGUUGAGGUGAACCGAAUGGCAUUGUUCCCUCGUACUUCCACGGUCUCUAAUUGACAAUCUAACAGGCUCUCUCCAAACCUCCCAGCGAGGAGACAGCAGGCUUCCCUCCUGAGAACUCCUACACAGACAGUAUUAUAUUGCCACAUCCCCUGCUGUCUAUACCUUUUGGGGAGGCGGUGAAACCAGGUCUGUUCCAGAAUGUUCAGGCUCCAAGGUAUGCCUGCGCGGGCCAGUAAUUGCAGUUUAAUCUCUGACAGGGACUGUUAAACUUAACCUGGUGUGGAGAGAGAGAGGGGGGGGGGGGGGGUAACCUCACCAGCUCCAGAGAUCCGUUAGUUAGUACACCAAGCUCUCUCUCUCUCUCUCCCUCUCUCUAUACCUCGUAUUAUUAUAUGACAGCAUAUGAGAGCCGAGGGUUGUCAUCGAGUCGAAGCGAAGUUUACAAACUACGUGUUGACUAGUAGCGAACAUGACUCUCAGCAGCUGAGUGAGACCCUGCACUGCCGGCUUCUGCACACUGGCAUACUACACUCUCCUCAGUGCGCUAUGCUGUCUUGUGUGAAGCGCAAAACCUGCGAGUUUUAUACUUUGGUUUAACAGGUUUUUAAAACCUACCGCCGCCUGGUGCGGUGUUGUGUUUACUUUUAGUGUUGUUGUGAGUUUUACAUUUCUUAACUAUUUCCCUUUCACAGCUCCUUAUUUGUGAGCUAAUUUGCCUGGUUCACUUUGAAAUGUAGCUGUUGACGGUGGGGCGUGGACAGCAGCACCCGUUUUUAGAGUAUUGUUUUAAUGUUGUGAUACUAUUUAUCUUUUUAAUGUUAUAUAUUU